GAUAAAGCUUUGUUCUUGGACAGAAAUGUUUGGUCAAAGUUCUUACAUGAUUUCAUCCCUUACAGUGGUCGUAGAAACAGGGGUAACUGGCUUUUCCGAGCCUCCUACAGUCCUACAACAGGAUUUCUACACCAGGGGAUCAAGGAUCCAAUGAAUAUCAAUGUGAACUUAGGGGCUGGUUGUUGUUGCCAAUCAAUUGACCUUUAGCUCUAUUUAUGCUAUAUUUGUUAAAUACACACAGACUUGAACGGUUGCCAACCUAAAAUGGCUUUGGCUGCCCUUAAUAAUCAACUUCUGGAUAU